AUGGUUAUCUUUGGUGGGUUGGUGGCCAACGCAAGUGGCUCCAAUCGUCAUAAUGUGGAGUAAACUUUGGAUCCUUUCCUUGCUGGCUAUUGGCGUUUACGCCAGGCCUGAGGCUACACCCGAAUCUGCGGCCGAGGAGACCGAAUCAGACGCGCGGCUUUACUUACCUGGAGUACUACCACCACGUGACUUGAUAUGCAGGCAGGAAGGAGACAUGGCGUACACCCGCGUGGGUGACGUCUGUUACAUCUGCGCCUGCUUCAAUGCUAUUGACGGAUCUCUCUACCACAAAUGCGCUCCGUGUAACCGGUGCCCGUUGGUGCCGUAUCCUCACGUCAUUCCCCUACCACCUGGACCAUUGCCGUUGCCGAUACCACGACCAAUACCUUCACCGCUCCCACACUGUCCUCCACCAAUUAUAAUACCCGGACCGGUCCGUCCGAUACCCGUGCCAGUACCAGUACCGGGUAAAAACGUUCUAGUACCUGUGCCAGUGCCGGUACCCUCACCACCGGAGAAAAUCUUCGUCCAGGGACCAUCAGUGCCAGUGCCAGUACCAUACGAGAAGAAGGUUCCUUACCCCGUGCCUGUGAACCGCCCAUACCCAGUGCCUUCGCCUCCAAAGAUCGUCAAAGUACCGUACCCUGUACCCGAACUCAUUCCCGGCCCGGAGAGAGAAGUACCUGUCCCAGUACCGGUACCAUCUCCGCCAGUACCCAUACCCUACCCGGUGAACAAAUAUAUCCCAGUUCCUGGUAAAAACAUAUUGAUCCCGGUACCCGUUCCUUACAGCGACACUAAAUAUUACCCAGUACCCGUUAUCAUAUACGUGUCACCGGUCUGCAGAAACCGAUUGCCACUGGUACCGUUCACGCUUCCUGGCGAGCCGUGCCUGACCCUCGUGUGCAAGAUCAAGUACAACUAUGUGUACCUCGAGUCUGUGCCCGUUGAGGGCUGCAAUAUUCCCGGGGGUGUGGGUGGUUCUUCCGCAUCUGCCUUCGCCAAUGCUUUAGCGAACAGCCAGGGUGGCAUGUCUAGCGCGGACGCAAUAGCUCAAUCGCAAGCUGGAUCUUUCGGAGGUUUGGGAGGAAUGUCAAAUGCUGACGCCCUCGCUCAAGCACACAGUAACACCAUGGGAGGUUUAGGCGGCUGGUCCAACGCUAAUGCUUUAGCUCAAGCACAAAGCAGCGCUCUAGGUGGCGGACUCGGAGGAUUAGGUGGUGGAUCUAACGCCAAUGCCAUAGCUCAGGCACAAAGUGCAGCUUUGGGAGGUGGAAUAGGUGGCUGGUCUAACGCCGAUGCUCUCGCUCAAGCACAAAGCAACGCUCUUGGUGGUGGAUGGUCGAAUGCUGAUGCCCUCGCCCAAGCACAAAGUGCGGCUCUCGAAGGAUUAGGUGGGGCGUCCAACGCCAAUGCCUUGGCUCAGGCUCAAAGUGCAGCAUUAGGAGGUGGAUUAGGUGGUUGGUCUAAUGCAGAUGCUCUUGCUCAGGCGCAAAGCAAUGCUCUAGGUGGCGGACUCGGAGGAUGGUCGAAUGCUGAUGCCCUUGCUCAAGCUCAAAGCAACGCUCUAGGUGGCGGACUUGGAGGAUGGUCGAAUGCUGAUGCCCUUGCUCAAGCUCAAAGCAACGCUCUAGGUGGCGGACUUGGAGGAUGGUCGAAUGCAGAUGCCCUUGCUCAAGCUCAAAGCAACGCUCUAGGUGGCGGACUCGGAGGAUGGUCAAACGCCGAUGCCCUUGCUCAAGCUCAAAGCAACGCUCUAGGUGGCGGACUUGGAGGAUGGUCGAAUGCUGAUGCACUUGCUCAAGCUCAAAGUGCGACUCUAGGUGGAUUAGGUGGAAUGUCAAACGCCAAUGCUUUGGCACAAGCACAAAGUGCAGCUUUGGGUGGUGGACUUGGUGGUUGGUCAAACGCUGAUGCUCUCGCUCAAGCCCAAUCUGCAGCUCUUGGUGGAUUAGGUGGAUCUUCAAAUGCCAAUGCCUUAGCUCAGGCGCAAAGUGCAGCUUUGGGAAACGGAUUAGGGGGGUGGUCCAAUGCCGAUGCACUCGCCCAAGCUCAAAGUAAUGCCCUGGGUGGCGGUUAUGGCGGAAUGUCAAGCGCAGACGCUCUCGCACAAGCGCAAUCAGGAAGUCUUGGAGGCAUGGGAGGAGUUUCGGGCGCUGACGCUCUGGCUCAAGCGCAAAGUGCUGCUUUAGGACUGGGCGGUGGUUGGUCCAACGCUGAUGCGCUCGCCCAAUCUCAAGCACUAAACAGCGGUCUAGGAUCUUCCAGUGCUUUAGCCCAAGCUCUCGCUCAAGCAAACGCCAUCCGUGGGUUGUAAAGACUGCGGGGUACUGAAUAAGUGCAACGACAACGAAUCCUUAUUGAUCUCGACGACUCGGCGCGAUAUACUGUUCCGGAAUAUUACUUAAUCUUAUCUGAGCAUGUAAAACUGAUGAAUCGCACUUCACACUUAUAUUUAUGAAUAAACGCAUUUAGUGGGGAAUAA